AUGUCAUUUAGAGGUACACAAUUUCCUCAAGGAGGACAACAAGGUGCGGCAUCAUAUGGAAUGCCGGGCCAACCUGCAGUUGACCCUCAGUCACAAAGCCAAUAUGCGGGUAGUUACCAUCCACAAUUCCAUAGAGAAUUUCAGUCCUCAGGCUUUUCUAACUCUUCAAGUUCGCACAUUGAUCCAUUGGAUACCAUAAACAGAAUGAUACCUUCGGACAAUCCAUACGUGAAGAAGUUCGAACAUUUUACAGAAAAGGUCGAACAAUUGAUAGACCGCUACUUGGGGGGCGCCAAACCAUACGUUCCAAGUAUUGGAAGAUUUUUCAUCGUGGCUACAUUCUUAGAGGACUCUAUGAGGAUCAUCUCCCAGUGGAAGGAACAGGUUUACUAUUUGAGUACCUACAGACAUUUAUAUCCAUGGCUUGUCAAAUUCUUUUUACUCUUUAAUGUUGUUUCGAUGUGCGUUGGUUCGCUACUGGUGAUUAUGAGGAGAAAGCCACUUCUUGCAACAGGUCUUUUGUCCUCAAUUGUCCUCCUUCAAGGAAUAGUUUACGGGCUUUUCUUUGAAACUUUCUUCUUUUUGAGAAACGUUUCUGUCAUUGGAGGUCUCCUUCUAGCACUUUCAGACUCUGUUGUUAUUGACAAAAGAAAAUUGAUGAUGCCAGGACUUCCUAUGAUUGAGAGUAAGGACCAUAAAAAAUAUUUCCUUCUUGCGGGUAGAAUCAUGCUUAUUGUGCUCUUUCUUGCAUUUAUCGUUAAUGCACAUUUUAGCAUCUUCAGCAUCCUGGUUACCAUCAUUGGUUCCAUCAACUGCAUUUCAGUCGCCAUUGGUUACAAGACUAAGUUUUCUGCCGCUAUUUUGACAAUCCUUCUUGCUGUCUAUAACGCUUCGACCAAUCACUAUUGGACUUAUGACUACAGGGACACGAGGAGAGAUUACCUUCGUUAUGAGUUUUUCCAGACAUUAAGCAUUGUUGGAGGUCUUCUUUUAAUCGUCAACACGGGUGCGGGUGAACUUUCCAUUGAUGAGAAGAAAAAGAAAUAUUAA